AUACUGGUGCAUUAAUCUAAGAAAUUCAAAUUAGCUACAUGGUCAUGUUGCGAAACCGAUGUAGUAACAUUGAUACAUAACAACUUCCGUAUCUCCGGUAGGUCUCGUCUUUUGUGAAAGUUAUAUUAAGGUUUUUGUGGCUAACGGCUAACGUCGGUUAAACAGAAUAUUUCGCUUUUGCACUGAGGUCGAUGUUGUCUCAUGGAGGAUUUGUACAGUUAUUUACCUUAGUCAAAAGGACUUGGGCAAGGGCAGACAAGAGGAGGUACACACUCGGUUUCUUCGCCAUGGGGAACUCCUGCAGUAAUCAUCUUGGGAUCCCUCCAGCCAAGGGCCCCAACGCUGUGGGCUGCACCGACUUCAUGAUGGACCACACUGCACAGGGCAGCUUCUUCCGGCUUUACUAUCCGUGUCAAACAACUGAAAAAGCAGAAAGACCAGACUGGGUACCGUGCAAGGAGUAUUUUAACGGUCUUACGGACUUCAUGAACAUCAACAGGACUCUCGGUGAAAAGAUUUUCAACUACCUCUUUGGGUCCUUCAAGAUACCAGCCGCCUUGGAUGCUCCGUUUAAAUCAAAUGCCAAAUGUCCUGUAAUCAUCUUCUCCCAUGGCCUUGGAGCUUUUAGGACUUUGUAUUCAGCUAUAUGUGCAGAGUUGGCCUCGCAAGGCUUCAUUGUGGCGUCCGUGGAACACAGAGACCAGUCAGCCUCAGCCACGUAUUAUUUUCGUGACAAGACCGAGUCGGAGAAGGCAAACAAGAAUAACGGGCCUAAAACAUCUGGCUCGGCUCAGGAUGACAACUUGGUAAGAGAGUGGAUGUACUACAGACGUCUGAAGCCCGGAGAGAGAGAGUUCCCCCUCCGGAAUGAACAGGUGAAAAAGAGAGCAGACGAAUGCAUUCGGGCUCUGGAUAAACUCAUUGAAAUCAACUCAGGGAUAUCAGUGCAAAAUGUUUUGCAAACAAAGUUUGACUGGACGACGUUGGAGAACUCCAUGGAUCUGUGUCGGAUAGCAGUGAUGGGGCAUUCCUUCGGCGGAGCAACAGUGAUCGAAGCUCUGUGCAAAGAGGUUAAAUUCAAGUGUGGCGUAGCGCUGGACGUCUGGAUGAACCCUCUAGAUGACGAGAUCUUUCCACGGGUCAAACAGCCGAUCUUUUUCAUCAACUCGGAGAAGUUUCAGUGGGCGGGAAACAUCAGCCGCAUAAAGAAGCUGGAUUCAGCCGUCAUCCAGAGGAAAAUGAUCACCAUCAGAGGCACAGUCCACCAGAGUUUCCCAGACUUCACCUUCCUGACAGGCAACUGGAUCGGCAAGCUGAUGAAGCUGCAGGGAGAGAUCGACCCGGAGCUCGCCAUAGACCUCUGCAACAAAGCAACGCUAGCUUUCCUGCAACGCCACCUUGGUCUAGAGAAGAACUUUAAUCAGUGGGACCCUCUGAUUGACGGCCAAGACGAUAACCUCAUUCAAGGAACCAAUAUCACGUUGCUUCAGUCUGCAAUCUGAGGCGCGCCAUGUCAUGUGGAAUGUUCCUGGGAGUCAGUUCCCAAAAAUGUCAAGCCAGGCUUACUUGGCGACGGACUAAGGAUAACAUUCGGAGUAGUAAUAACUAGAGAAGAUCAUCUCUACAUCAACAAGAUUUGUUUUCCUUAACAGAUCAAACACUGUU